AUGGUACGUCAUCCAUCAGGUCGAAUUUCCUCCAAGAACGAAGAUGAAGACGAAGACGAUGAUCACUACGUGUCUUCAGGAGAGGAGCAGGAUGGAUCAGAAUCACCUUUAGAGGCAACAGUGGAGAAGAGGUCAUUAUCCGCUAGGGAAGCGGUGACGGCACAGGAAGCAGCAGAAGCGGCGGCAGCGGGAGGAGAGGAGCCGGUGAAGAUGUCGUUGAUGGACUUGUUGGGGGAGACAGGGUACGAAAUGGGAGAAGACGAGGAAAACGAGGAUGAAGACGAAGAUGAAGACAAUGUGGCGGUGUCAUCCAGGGGAGGGAUGGAAUAUACGUGCUGCAUUUACAUGUUUUGCCGACAACAGGCUUCCCGGAAAAAGCAGAAGCGGGGAAAGCAGCAGCAAGAUCUUCAUUGUUUUGUUCCAAUUUUGAUGGUGGUGGAGUUCGGAUUCGCUGGUUUAUAUCCUUCAGGGUAA